AUGGACUUUAGCAAACAAGAAGAGAAAAUACAGAAAUACUGGGAGUCAAUAAAGGCUUUCGAGCUAAGCAACAAACUAAGCAAGGGGAAAAAGGAGUUCUCGUUCUAUGACGGGCCUCCAUUUGCAACAGGUCUGCCGCACUAUGGACACAUCCUGUCUGGGACAAUAAAAGACACGGUGACGCGUUUUUACUAUCAGCAGGACUACCACGUAGAGAGAAGAUUUGGCUGGGAUUGCCACGGUCUGCCAAUUGAGUACGAGAUAGACAAGAUCUACAACAUAAAGACAAAGCAGGACAUUGAGAAAAUUGGUGUGAAGAAGUACAACGAGUACUGCAGAGAGAUUGUCAUGCGAUACUCUGGGCAGUGGGAGGCCAUUGUUGGGAGAAUGGGCAGAUGGAUUGACUUUAAGAAUGACUACAAGACAAUGGACUUCAGCUUUAUGGAGAGUGUCUGGUGGGUCUUCAAAGAGCUGUACAAGAAGGGCAUGGUCUACCGGGGAUACCGAGUGAUGCCGUACUCGACUGCGUGCAGAACGCCAAUGAGCAACUUUGAGGCAAACCAGAACUACAAAGUGACAACAGACUUGACAGCAACAAUCAGGCUGCCUGUGCUUGGGGAAAUGACCAUAAACGGAACAGUAUACAGUAAUGUGUCGUUCCUUGCAUGGACAACCACGCCCUGGACACUUCCAGGGAACUCUGCUCUGAUGGUGAACCCUGAGAUGGAGUAUGUUCUGCUGAAGGAUAAGGUAGAGGGUGCCUAUGUGAUAGCAGGGAAGUUCUAUGCCAAAAAAGCUGCGCCUGUGGAGGUGUUUGCUGGAAAGAGCAUUGUGGGCGUGGAGUACACCCAGCCAUUUGCAUACUUUGAGGGGCGAAGAAGCAGCGGAUACUUCAGAACGUAUGCAGCUGAGUUUGUCGUGGAGGGCGCCGGUACGGGAAUAGUGCACUGCGCGCCUGGAUUCGGAGAGGAGGACUACACUGCAUUUGUGGCAAACGGCAUUAUAAAGGAGAAUGAUGAGGUGGUCUGCCCGGUGGAUGAAAGCGGAAGGUACACAGAGGAAGUGUUAGACUAUGCAGGAAGAUACGUUAAGGAGAAGGAGCUUGAAAAGGAGAUCAUUCGGUACCUGAAGGAAAAGGGCGUGCUCUAUGAAACAACAUCAAUUGAUCACAGCUAUCCGUUCUGCUGGAGGUCUGACACGCCUCUGAUCUACAAGGCAGUGCCCAGCUGGUUCGUGCACGUGAAGAGCGCAGUUGCUGAUCUGAUCAAAAUGAACAAGACCAUUAAUUGGAGCCCAAAGUCAGUGGGCGAGGGCAAAUUUGGACUGUGGCUUGAGAAUGCCAGAGACUGGUCGAUCUCAAGAAACAGAUACUGGGGAACCCCAAUACCCAUUUGGAUCAGAGAGGGCGCAGGCGCAAAUCUCACAGAGGACGACAUUAUCUGCAUUGGGUCGGUGGAGGAGCUGUACGAGCACACAGGCAUAAGAACAGCCGACCUGCACAAGGACAUUGUUGACACAAUUGUGAUAGAGAAGGGCGGGGUGAAGUACAUCAGAACAGAAGAGGUGCUUGACUGCUGGUUUGAAAGCGGAAGCAUGCCGUAUGCGCAGAAACACUUCCCGUUUGAGAACGAAAAGAGGUUCCAGAUGACAUUCCCAGCAGACUUUAUUGCAGAAGGCCUGGACCAGACGCGAGGAUGGUUCUACACACUGCACGUGCUUUCUGUGCUGCUCUACAACUCAGCUGCUUUUAAGAACGUAAUGGUGACGGGACUGGUGCUGGCAGCAGAUGGGAAGAAAAUGAGCAAGCGGCUGAAGAACUACCCGGACCCAAUGGAAAUCAUGAACACCCACGGGGCAGAUGCAAUGCGCAUGUACCUCAUCUCUUCCACUGCAGUGAAGGCAGAGAACCUCAAGUUCACAGAGGCCGGUGUGGUGAGCAUUGUCAGAGAGCUUCUAAUUCCAUGGCAGAACUGCCUGCGCUUCCUUAAGACCACAUCAAGUGCGGCCAAGGAGGACAGCACCGGCUGUGACGUGGAGGACAUUGCCUUGAGCGUGUCCAGCCUGGACAUCAAGAUAGAUGAGGGCGACAGCAUGCUGGAUCUGUGGAUUCUGCAGGAGUUCAAAGAGUUCUCGCUUGCAAUACAGAGCGAAGGGCUUGAGUACCGGCUGCACAACAUACUCCCAAAAACGAUUGAGUUCCUGGGAGACCUGAGUCGGUGGUACAUCCGGCUGAGCAGAGACCGCCUGCGAAACACAGAGAUGAAGGUGCUGCGGCACAUUCUCAAGGGACUGUCUGUUAUCAUGGCGCCCUUUACUCCGUUCUUCAGUGAGGUGUGCUACCAGGAGAUCGCAGCGUGCAACGGGGAUCUUCAUAAGAGCGAGCCAUCUGAGGGAGGCAACAUUUCUGAGCAAAGGCUGUCAGUGCACUUCCAGAUGUAUAAAGAGCAGAUAGAAAGAACCACAGAAAAGAUACUGAAAGUGUCUAAGAUGUCGAAGAUUACGUCUCUUGAGAAAAUUCUGACAGACUUUAGGAAGAUGAAGAGUGUGAUUGAGACGGUGCGUGUCAUUCGAGAGAAGUGCGAGAUAGCACUUAAGAUGCCUCUGAAGGAGAUAUCCAUUGUGGGAAUGGAGAUGUCUUCUGUUCUGACAUCCAUCAUAGAGAAGGAGUCGAACUCGCUUGUGGUGAGUUACAAGACAGAGAGCGACUAUGCGUGGAAGAAGGAGAUUUUGCCAGACUUCAAGAAGAUCAGCGCCCUCUACGGAGGAGGUGAGGUGCAGAAGAGAACUGCAGCCAUUCGAAAGCGCGCAGCAGACCAGGAGGCCAUAACCAAACUUCUGACGGAAGGCGCGCUGCUUUGCGACGGCAUAAACAUAACCCGAGACGAAGUUAUUUAUAAGCGAGAAGCCCUUAACCUUCCAGUAACUCUAAAGGGUGCAUCUGCGUCUGAUCUGAUUUAUGUGGUGAUAGACACAGAGAGGAGCGAAGAAAUAGAGAUCCACUGGGUAAAGCGAGAGGUGAAAAGCUUAGUCCAGAAGCUAAGGAAAAAGGCAGGUCUGCACAUAAGCGACAAGGCUCUUUUGCAUGCAAGUGGAGUUGACAGCUCAGAUGUUAUAUGCGACGCAAAUACGUAUAUAACUUCAGAUGAGCCAGAAAAUGCAGUCAGCGAGACACUUAAUCUUGCUGGAAGAAAGAUCGUUCUGAGCCUGGCCAAAGAGCCAUGA